CAAACGGAAGGAGAUUUCUAUCGCCAUUAAUUCAUCAUCGUCUUCGCUUCAGUCAGCAGCAGAACACAAUGGCUGUCCCAAAGCUGGAUAAGAAGAUUGUCAAGAAGCGGGUCAAGAAGUUCAAGAGGCCCCAGAGUGACUGGAAAAUAUGUGUCAAGGAAAACUGGCGCAGGCCCAAGGGUAUUGAUUCUCGUGUGAGGAGGAAGUUUAAAGGAGUAACUCUUAUGCCCAACAUUGGUUACGGAUCAGACAAGAAAACUCGCCACUUUCUUCCAAAUGGUUUCAAGAAGUUUGUGGUGCACAACGCAAAAGAGGUGGAAGUCCUUAUGAUGCACAAUAGGACAUACUGUGCUGAAAUUGCACACAAUGUAUCUACACGGAAAAGGAAAGAAAUAGUGGAGCGAGCAGCACAAUUGGAUGUUGUCGUUACCAACAAAUUAGCCAGGUUGCGCAGCCAGGAAGACGAGUAAGUCUGCAUAACAACUUAUUAGCAUUUCCAGUGUAAACCUUAGUAUCAACAUGUUUCAAUUUGUUUUAAACUCAACUGGAUCCUAUUUCCAUGGAAUGAGUAGUUUACUUUCUACUGCCAUUUCCAUUUUGCUAAAAUUUACAGUAUUUUUUGGGAGUU